GUACCGUAGGUACCAGCUUGUACCGUACCGUAGGUACCGCAGUAGGUGCCGUGGUAGGACGAGAAUUAACUUAAAAAUCCACAACGCGGUAAUGGGGGAGUUGACCGCACUUCGUGCUGAGCUUGAACGGGUACGUCCAGUUGUGAAUCGAAUCAUUGGCUGGCAACAGGCCCGCGAGGAAUCUAAUCGUAUAACUCUAGAGAAUGAGCGACUAAUUGAUGAACGGGAUUCGAUGGAGAAUCGAAUUAAAUUGGCCGCGGAUACAAGAAUCAUGCAACUCGAGGAGAGUUUUGAGGCGAGUAUGACGCAGGUGCGCACAGAAGCACAUAGUCAAAUGGAAGUGCUCCGCGUGGAGCUAGAGCAACUGCGGCGCGCCGCAAAUGGUGAUGCUUGUGGUUGGCAAGAACGUGCGGAUGGGACAUUUUCUAACGCUGAAACUGGUGAAUCUGGAAUCAAAACAAUGCCAGAGGCAUUAGCCUUCGCACGCGCAGUACAACGCGUCGUCGACAUGGGGUCAAAUGAUGAAAUUACAAAAGUAGCGCAAAAGCGAGCUCAAGAUGCUGAAAUGAAGCGGCGGGAACUCGAUGUUAAGCUCAAUGAAGCAAGAGCAGAUGCACGGUCUCAACGUGACCUUUUAGACUCCUGGGGUAGUACUGCCAGGUCCAUUCUCUUGGCGUUCUCCACCUUCAAAGCGAGUUCUGAUUUAGUCUGUGAUAUUUGUAUUGUGCAAACCAAAAAGAUAUCAAAGCAGAGUGAUAGAUUAAAGCAAAUUGUGUCAAAAAUUUGCCAGACAGCUGCCACCUUCAAGGAAAUUCAAAGUGCACUUGCUGCCGCGAAAAUCAAUAACAUUAAGCUGGAGGAAGAUACCACGCGCCUCGAUUCCUCUUUGCAACAGACUCAACUAGAAUUGUCAUCUUUGCGCAAUUCACUUGACCGGGCAGUCGAGGCCGAGGUCGAGCCUAUGCGUGCAGAGAUUUCUAGAGCGCGAGAUACUAUUUCUCGUGAACGUGUAGCGCGAAUCAUCGAGCGGGGGCAACUAGCCUCUCUUUGGCCUAUUGAUCAGCCUCUGCCUGUGGCACUCCGGCGACAUGUCCAAGUUGCUAAAGAUGAACGUAGAAUGCUAUUCGAGCGUGCUUGCGGUGCAGCUGCCGAAACAGAAAUUAAGAUUGAAGUGCGCCGCCGUGUUGCGGAUGCAUUAAAGUGGUCUGAAAAAACAGAUGAUUACGGCCGCAAGUACUACGUGCAUUCGGACACUGGCGACGCUGCGUGGGAACCGCCUGUUGCAAUGCUGCAUAGGGCAGAGUCUGUCUUUCCGUGGCCAACAGAAGGGUAAGCCAUUUUGCCACAGGUACGAGCCACCACCUGGACGUAAUGAUUUGGGGAUGAUAGUAGGCCUCUCUGAAGAAAGCGUUACCAAGAACAAAAUUCCAAGGAGUCUGAGUUACGGACAUGAGCAAGGCCCCAAAGAGCCAACAACUGCUAAUCCAUCCCAUGCGUUUAAAACUGAGAUAUAAAUUGGCAUGCAUAGAAAGAAUGAGAUCCCUCUUGCCCCAUAGGUCAAGUGCUGUCCGGGAACCAUCUUCUGAUUCGUGGCAGGAAACUGUCGACGAAUGGGGCCAAGUUUCUUGGAAAAAUAAAAGAACUAACGAAGUCAGCUGGCAGAAGCCACCUGGACAUAAUGAUUCGCAAGCUGAAGAAUCGAAUGACAUCUUGGAGGCUGGCGACACAGGCAACCAACAGGAUAAAGGCGAGACGGCAUGGAAAUUUAGCAGUAAAUCAGACACGCGAAUCAAGGGCAGUAGAACGAAAACAGCUCCGGACGAGUAUUCCUCAUCCAGUGAUGAAGAAGUACCGACUUCAUUUCACGAUGCUGCAUUUUUUUCUAAGCGCCAAGAGCGCAGGAUUAUUCGCCUCGAGCGCAAAAAAAAUGCAGCAACUAUAGCUGCAAGGAGGGUGCUAACUUUCUUAGAGGAGACUGUGUCGAUGUAUCAUGAACACAGGCAACUCCCUUCCUUGUCUGAUGAAGACGAUACCCCCGCAUUUAUUGACCUGCAGUCGCUUCGUAACCUUGCAGCAGGUAAAACGGGCUGGAAGUACGUUCCCAAAAAAUCCCGCAAAGCAGCAAAAACUCGUGUUGACGUAAUUGACAUUGCAAAAACUAGAGAUCCAGGGUUGGCACGAGAAGUAAAAGCUCCGUGUGGGUUUGAGAGAGAGUCGUAUUACAUCUUAUUAUAGGUUCAAAAUGCGCUAGCGCCUGCUGCAAGAGAGUCUACUGCAAUACUAAAUUCAUCGGGGAAUUUCGUCGGAAAACAAAAGCCUUUCAUAGUAGAUGCGAAUACUCUACUUCGUGCGACCACUACCCUUGGCACUGAUGAGAGUGAUGGUGAUGGUAUAUCGCCAGAACAGCUUAGGGGGCAGUUGGAAGCGAUUGUGCGGUUGGGCGUCUUUUCUUUUUUAAAAUCUGGUAUUUGCUCCAAGAUGUAUACACAGGCUUGCUGCGAGGAUGAGUUGCUAAGGCGGCUUUCGAUGUCACGUCGUCGUCUAGGGCAAAUAUCAUACAUAUUACUGAAAACCCUGAGCACUUCAAAAGUCAAAAAUCAAUGUUGUGUACAAAUAGACUCGGUGCAUUUAUAUGAAGGCAAUCUCGAGAAUCUCCCCGAACUAACAGUGAAGCCAGAGACACACGCCCAAAAGCAGUUAAUUUCGUUACGAAAGGCAACGCUGGCAUCUUCGAACCGAGACAAAGUUUCGGAGAGACCCACUGUCCGGUUUAGUGCAGAAUCAAACUUCAUUCACAAAAUGGCAGCGAGUGCAGUUUUGCACGGACUCGAUGGUACAUGCAUAAAUGAAAAACUCCAAAGAGAGGCUUGCGUGAGGUUGGAUCUUCAUGCAUCGUCUCAAAAAACAAGGUCUCGGCAGAAGCAUUCAACUGUUGCUAAGGCAUCUCAUCUUGUUGUGGUGACUUUCGGCGUACCCUCUGUAUAAUAAUUUAAUAUCAUUUUUUUUUGUCGCAUCCUCAUCAUGUGUAGAUGGACUUAAAACUUCGCGAGGUUGGGAUAACAGAAAAAAUUUUACUCUCAGCAGGACUUGCGACACAACACUAUCUGGAGGUUCGUUCCUCUUCAGCCUCCCAAGGUUGGACCAAAAAAAUAUUGGAAAAAAAUAGGUUGCAAAGCUCCUUGACCUUACAAAAAGCAAACAAAUACACCAUCACCAGAAUAACUCGAUACGCAAGCCAGCAUUCCAAACAAAAGAAGUUGCAAAAAGUCCCUUGGAAAUUAUCAACAAGUCAAUGUCAGCUCAUGAGUUUAUUCUUGAUUCUUUGCUCACGCGAGCAUCCCAACUCGGCGCCGACGCUUGGAUUGACCACGAGGCACAGCGCAUUAACGUCGAGCUUUGGAGCUAUAAACUGAGUAAGCAUUCAAAACACAACAGCCAUGAUGAUUCAGACAAAAAUUUCUCUUUCGUGCUUAAUUCAAAGGUAGCAGAGAUGGAGCGUAAGGAUGUGCAUAUACACAUCGGCAACCUAUUUAGUGACUCUAUCAAGCGCGAUAUUAAAAUAGAGGCUUUGCGACAAGUUGAGCUAGAAUUAGUGGCUGAACGCCAACGGGGUGACUGGAUAUCCAACGGAGCGCAGCAUGCGGUGUCAGUCCGAGCCCGGCAGGUAGUUGAGCGUGCUUAUCAAGCCCGCAAGCUGGUUCAAUUGCAACAUGCUUUGAGAGUUUGCUGCGCCGAAAAACAUAAAGCCGCAAUCGUGCACCAGUCUCAUCAAAGUAAGUCUAAUACUGAGAGUCUGCUCUUUUCAAAACUUGCGGUCACUCGUGUUUGUGAAAAUCUAAGAGAACAAGGUCGGCGAAGAAGAAUUUGGCAAGAGCAAGAAGUUUCGUUUUUCCGUGCAGAGAUAAAGCGGCUCUUGUGGGAUCAAGACGCAACUAAUCAGAGACAUGCAGCGCGUAUUGCAAUCGACGAAGCACGAGUGGACCGUGAUAAUGUUCUUGACCCGUGCUUUUUUCCUUUGAAACUUUGUCACGAUUGAGCUUAGGCUAUCCUUGGCCACCAUGCUGCAGUAGCGAUUGUUUUGACUGGACUUGACGAUGGCCACGGAGUCCUAGACAAAUUUGUUAAAGAUUCAAAGAGGACAGAGGCACGCCUGGCAGCUACCUAUGCUAAACUGGCAUCACUAGAGAACUUUCAGCGUAUUGCGCUUAACCAUGAGCAGAGGCAACGCCGGGAACUUUUAUCUACAACACAUGUUCCCAGAGUGGACGUUUUACACCCAGACUGUAUAACUGCUAGUACCACCCCCCUUGAUCACUACUCAGACAUGCCCCUUGGACUGCGGUAUGUACCACUGCGCAUUGCAAAAUCCCGCCUGGGGUCUCAAUGGUUAAUGAAGAGCACGCAGACAAGACCACAUGAAAAGUUAGAAAUUAAUCCUCAUUCUUCCACAGCACCCGUGUGUUUGCGUGGACACAAACGCGCUUGUCGUAUAGCUGCAGAGCUACACCAGCAGCUACUGAGCGAACGAUCAUCUCGCCGACAGAUUAGCGCCGCGGCACUCAGUGCUGGUGUGCGCGCUGCGAAUGUCGCUAAGACAUUAGCAACAGUGGCACAGAGUAAAGCAUCAAGCGACCGGCGAUUUGCUCAACGUGAUGCACUCCAAGAAGCACAAAAGUUCUCACCUGCGCUUCCUUCCUACGAGGGGCUGUUUGCCGAACCUUUGUAUUUAGGCGCGACGUGGCGGAAAUGAAAUUCAAAUUCGAGUUAAACGCCCACAUGAAGAAGAUUGCGCUACACGUUGCGCUCUGUGAAGCACUUCGACAUAGACUUGGCUUGGCACAUGCACAGCAGAAAGUGCAGGAACUCAAAAUAUUGAAGCUGACAAAGACAAUUGCACUACUACGUGCAUGCUCCCGCGAUGAGAUCUAUUACGAACGGGCCCAUUCAGCCCGUCUCAAGCUAUGGGUGCACACAAUGGUGGCUGGGUUUGUGCGAAUUAAAAGCAUGCUCAGGCAUCGUGAGACUUUACUUCAUCGUCAAAAGGCGCUCGAUUUGGAGGCCAGGAGAUCCCUCCGCCAUGAGAUUUGGCGACAACAAAAUGCUACACAGGCUCUUGGCCUUGACACUUCAGCACUAUUCCUUUUCUUUGCUCAACGAGUCGCAGUGAUGUCUGGUGCACACAAAAGCUAUAAUGAUGCCUUGCGUAGACACACAACACAGCGUUUGCAAAACGUAAGCCCUCUUUGAGCGUUGGACGUAUAGGUGCUAAUGGAGCCACACUCGUGUUGGCAGCAAUGUGUAGAUCCCCCCGGCGAGAGCUUCGCUGCCUUGGCGCCAAAGCCCUUUCCGCAUUGACCUGGAAUAGUCAUGUAAAUAGUCGGUUGCUAGGCUUCCAAGUACUAGAGCAGUGGCAGCGUUGGGUAGAUGUGGCAGUAAAUCGCGCAAGAAAUCAAAGAACAAAUGUGAAACUAAAAACAACGGGCACGCAUCCUCAACAUAAUGUCACAGAAUUUUUUGUUCAGACUCCACAUGAUGUCACCACUCCCUAUGAUAUCGCCGUUGCUCGUCGACAAUGGGCACUGCGCAGACAGAGGACACUAGCAGGACCAAAUCUUGCGAAUAUAAGUAAACUUGUCAACUAUCGACGAGCGGCUAGCUGCGGUGAUAUGACUUCUUUGUCGCCCUUGAUAAAAAUACUAAUGGUAUUUUGUCGUGACCGUGACCAUGAGUGCGUGAUUGCCGCCAUUUCAUGCAUUGUCGCACUAUCAUUUGUUGCGGAGAAUGCUACUUUGCUUGGAAAAGUGCAGGGUCUUGUUGCAAUGGUCAGUAGCCUGAUGUAUCAUGUCAAUCCUGAGGUGGUUAUCCUGGCGUGUCACGCGCAGAUCAGCGAAAGUUUUAUGCACCUCAAAUUUUGUGUUUGAGAUCCAGCUCCUGUGUAGGCCGCAGCAAAUAUGGCGUUCCAGCAACAAUGCAACCAAGAGAGACUAGGAGCUGCUGGAACAAUCGAGUGCCUUGCGACCAUACUGCGGGUAUCCUGGGAGUCCGCAACACAUGAAGAACUAAUUGACAUCAUCGAGGCAGCAACAUGCGCACUGACCAAUCUACUAUCGCUGCAUGCACCAAACUCUCGCAAAUUUGUAGCUACUGGUGGCGUAGAACUUCUCCUGAAGUUCCUCAAUAUCAACUCCAGCAACUUGCUUGAUGCUGAUAAAGCAACUCAAAUGCAAACAAAUGUAAUCAAUGUACUAGCAAACACACUUGCUGCGGCAGGAGGGAAAAAUCUUUAUCUCGAAGACUCAUUCCUUCAUAAUACGAGCUCACUUUUUGUAUCUGCUUCUCGAGGCAUGAGAAGUUUUGCAGGCACCUCCGUUUCCGAUGAGAGAUCAUUUGCCUACAGCAUUGUGAUGUUGUGUACCGCAAAUAAUUCACCAGCAAGGCAAGCUGCUGCUUUGCUACUUGGAAAUUUAGCUUGCAGCUCACGAUUGCGGAUUGAGCUUGGUCGCCUGGGAGCUGUCGAGGCUCUCUGGAGGAUCACACGUGAGCGUAAGAGUAGUGCAGAUUGCGCUACGGCGCUUUGGGCCCUCUCAAAUCUCGUGUGGUCUAACCGAGCAAAUCAGUCACGUUGUGGGCCAUUAUUUGAAGAAAUUUUCGAAAUGAUCGCCAAUUGUCGUAUUGAACUUCCUUUUAAGUACCCGCACCUAGAACCCAGUUGUGUGUUUCAAACGAGACACAAAGAUGCGUGGAAUCAAUCAGCACCAGCGAGCCUUGAGUGUGCUUAUGCCAUGGGUCUUGUCGCAAAUGCCAUUUACUUUCAUGAUUCAAAUUGUAAUCAUAUGGAAGUUAUUCCUGGUGGUGUCGAGGCUAUCAUAAGGCUCUCCAAGGCGGAUCAGCCUUUAGCCAUACGUGAACCAGCACUUAGAUGUUUGGCAUGCCUCACAGUAUCUGACAGGGGAGCAAAACGAGUUGCACUUGCUGAGAGCAGAGACGACGCUUUCAAAGUCAUGGUCAAUGCAGCGGGUGACGCAAAUGUGGGCAGCGAGCAUGCUAGCGUACGACGGCUUGGUGCUGCUGCUCUUGCAAGCAUGAAUUCUAUAGCCUCUGCUCGCAGAUACCUGCACGAACCUGUGUAGCCCAUAGUGCCGACUAGCUUUGUUAUUUCCCUAACUUUAGGCGAGCGGCGGGUGGAAUUGAUGCGCUUGUUGCACUUGCUGGAACUGGUGAGGCAAGCAUGUCUAGGCAAGCACAUCGAACAGUAACCUCAUUUGAGAACAUUUCAAACCAAGCUCGUUCAGGUGAGAUUGCCUCAUUGCUUCGGGCAGUAGUCCACGAACGCUGAGGCUAAUGUGUAGCAGAAUGCCUUUUAACUUCUUGGAGAGGGAGAUAUGAAUUAGAGCCGUUUAAACAUGUUCUGGUGAGAAAAGGCUACUCAAGUAUUUAGGAUAAUGGUCUCGUCCAAACUGUCAGUAGGGCGUGACGGUACAGUUUUGACGUCUCAUGCGACCUGAGUCAAAUAAAAGCUGACGACUCUUUAUUAAUGAUGGUGCCUCUUACUAAUGUUUGCUGUGAUAAAAGCGCAGGCCGGCCUUCUUUGACUCAUUGAUCAGCCGGUAGUCCCCAACCCCCCCCCCCCCCC